UGUCUUAGCGCGGAAAUACAACACUUGCGACCCCAUGGUUCCUUCUCUUCAACUAUCGCCAUAGUGGUGAACGUAUUGCGUUCUGAAAAUGGCGUCACACAAGACCUUUAGAAUAAAACGUUUCCUCGCCAAGAAGCAGAAACAGAACAGGCCGAUCCCUCAGUGGAUUAGGAUGAAAACUGGCAACAAGAUCAGAUACAACUCCAAGAGGAGACACUGGAGAAGGACCAAGCUGGGCUUGUAAAGACAAGCUGUAUUUCAAUAUCCCCCUUCAUCUGUUCCCUGCCAGGACCACCAACUCAACGAGACAUGGAGAGAUGCCUUGCUUUCUUAAACAGUAGUCUCUUUUGUACAGAUUCUGGUUAUGUCCUUGCAAAACAAUAAAAGAUUUGUCAUCUAACCAGA